AUGGAGGUCUUCACGUUGAUGGCAUUGCAAUUCUGCGAUGGCGAGGAUCUCAUGUCGCUGUAUUGGUCGACCUUCACCAUGAUCCAGGUUGGAUCCCUCAUCGCAGUGUGCGGAGUUAUCUUGGCUCUCGUUCACCAACUGAGGCAGCGAAAGCACCCGCCCUGGGCUCUUGCUCUCGGCACGCCCGUCCUGGUCAUCGCGGGGUUGUUCCACUACUUCCAUACGUGCAUGGUACGAAGAGUGAAAAAGGCGUCGUCGUCGAGGAAGAGGAAGCACAGCGACGCCGGAACGCUGCCAAUGAGCCAAGUCCGAGUCUUCUGA